AUGGAGGAAAACGCUAGGCUCCGAGAACCAGGCUGGCGACCUGGGCUCUCUCACUCAUCAAAAGAGAAAGAGAGGGAGCCCAAGAAAAAGGAGGAAGUCGGCCCGGAAAGGCCUAUGAGAUAUCACUCCUAUACUCCCCUCCGAGUUUCCCUGGUUGAUGUAUACAGGAAAAUUUGUCAUACUGAAAGGCUACCUCCCCACAGACCCAUUAAAAACAAGAAGGGGAAAAGUUGGGGCGACUACUGCAAGUACCAUAAGAUAUAUAGUCACUCAACGAACGAGUGCUACGACCUAAAAAAUGUGAUAGAAAAGCUAACAAGAGAAGUUCGGCUGGACAGAUAUCUCGUUGAAAGGUCGGAUCAUCACGGGAAGAGGAAGCGAGAUGAUGAGGACCGAAGAUAUCCACCACCACAGACCCCAGAGAGACAUAUACAUAUGAUAUCGGGGGGAUUUGGUGGAGGCGGCCUUACAAAGUCAUCUCGCAAGAGACAUCUGAAAGAGGUCUACCAAGUCGGGGGUGAAGAUCUCGACCUCCUUACUAUCUCUUUUACUAAAGAAGAUGGGCAAGGCAUCAUCCCUGGACACGAUGAUCUAGUAGUGAUAAACAUGGUUCUUGCCAAUGCCCAUCUCCACAGAACCCUGGUGGAUCAGGGAAGCUCAGCCGACAUCCUGUACAAACCAGCAUUUGAUAAGCUGGGAUUGGACGAAAAGUAG